GUAUUAAGAUAUAGAGUACAAAUAUUUUCUUACAUUUGUCUACAUUAGCUUCAAAAUUUCUGAUCGACACGAUGAUUUCUUCAUUUCGGAUUAUGUUAAUUUUUACCAUAUUUACGACUAGUGUUAAAGGACAAUGCGUUGAUUGCAAUAAGCACUGGCAAGUCUUCUGCCAAAGCAAUUAUACGGGAUACUUCUGCGAGAAGGGUGCCAAGGUCACUGAAAAAUAUCUAACAAAAGACGAAUACAGCACUAGUACAAUCGGCACAGCGAUGUUUGAUCAAUGUACGCCAUAUCCAUACUUUUUGGAUUACGCCAAAACUUUUUGUUGUUUCUAUUCACCAUCAGUUGGUUGCCAGGUUGCCAUAAAUCCAACCUUAUAUCGCUAUGAAGCCUAUCCAAAUAGAUUCUGCAGUCAAUGCGAAAAGUAUUGCCGUUGCAAUGAACCCAGUCCCAAUAAAGGAUAUUCCAUAAAGUCCUGGACUAGACGCCGGCUCCUAGACUCACUAACAAAACUGAUCUUAACCUUGACAAUAAACUUCAUUGUGCAAUCACAUCAAUAAGGAAACCCACAAAUUGGCUUGAAAGUUUAAUAAUUUAGUUUUAGUUAUUUGAGUCUAAAUGAGAGGACAUAUAUGUAUAUAAUAUCCUUGAAUAAACGUUCUUAUAACGGGA